CUCUUAAGCCGUCAGGGGAGAGAGUAUCGCGGGCGCACGAAAUCCGGACGGCUGGAGACUGAGCCUAGAAAAGAUCGUAUCCGCACAAGAUUCACAAUGGCUGCACUUAACAGUUUCGCUUCCAACCUGGAAGAACAAAUAACUUGUGCUAUUUGUAACGAUAUCUUUACUGAACCAAGGACACUACCGUGUCUACAUACUUUCUGCUUUAAAUGUAUCAAAGAUUGGAACGAGGCUUGUCAGAAAGAGAACAAGACACUGCAAUGCCCAACUUGUCGAGCAACAGUCAACAUCGAAGGAGGCGACAUCGCGAAUCUUCCUUGUUCAUUCACUUUCAACUCGCUGCUUCAGUUAUUCGACUCCAUGAAAACAAAGUCUAACGAACCGAGCCAGCAGCAGCUUCAAGAGUGUGUUGGUUGUUCAAAGUGCGACGCGUUGGUCGGAUUUUGCCCUCAGUGUGAAGGAAUAAUUUGUGAUGAAUGCAUGAAUGCUCACCGAACAGUAACCUUGUUGAUAAAGAGCCACAAGGCAACACUUUGGAGCGAGUUCAAUCCAGAGGUUUUGAACAGCUUUGUCAACAACCAAGCAGUUUGCAAAGAGAAGUUCCAUAUGAAUUCUCGUCUUGAAUAUUAUUGCAAGACUUGCAAGAAGUGUAUUUGCCAUAAAUGUUCUGCAACAUCACACAGCAUCCAUGAGAAGGUCAGCAUCGGCGAAGCAGCUGAAGAUGCUAAAAAACUAAUCAGAGAAGAAAAGGAUCGACUGAAUGAGCUGAUUAUCGGUUACAAGAAAGAAUUAGAUUUGUCCAAUGAAAAUAUGAGAAAGAUCCAAAGCGAGGUUGAUACAGCAAAGGAUGAAGUGCACGGUUCCAUACAAGCUCUGAUGAAGAUUCUACAAGACCACGAAGAUACUGUGAUUGCAGAAUUAGAUCACAUCCGGUUACGACACAAAACUAACUCUGAGAAGCUAAAUAGCGAGAUCAACGCUGACAUCGAAAUAUUUUCCGAGCUGAAACAAAAGUGUGAGACUAUGGAUGAUAAUAAUUUAGAACAUUUUAUAUUGGAAAGCUAUGAAAAUUUACAAGAUGUCUGUAAAACUGCAAUUCAAGACAAGUCCACUCCAUUAUCGAACAAGCCAAACAAGCACUCCGUGAGGAACAAACAACAGAAGAUUACCCCUGGGUUCCCGAGGAUGAACAAGCACAGCACAAAGAUACAUUACAUUUCAAACCCAGAGGUCAUUCCCGUCAUGCAAAAGUUGAAACUUGGUGAGGUAGUUGAAAGUGUGACGGAUCCGUUACGUUGUUUUAUACAUAAGCUAAGUAAAUCCGUUUGGUGUGGUUUUACCAAUGAAUUUGUUAUCGAGACAAAAAAUUCAGCAGGGGAUGUAUGCCAUACCAAUAAAAGCUUGAUUGAUGUUAAAAUCCAAGAUGUCGAUGGCAACGAUGUACAGAAAGAACUGACUGCAAUUGAAACUGGAAGAUUUCUAGUUAAGUAUAAUCCAGAAAAACCUUCACCGUACAAAGUUGUCGUGAGUAUUGGAGGAAAAGAAAUCAUGAAUUCACCACAGACUGUUAAAGCAGAUGUGAAAACCUAUUGUGCCAUCAGACACUUUGGAAAAAAGAUAUUGGUGAGACCCAUUGCAGUAGCCAUCAAUGACCAAAGCGUAGGUGCUGUUGUUGAUCAUGGGCCUGACAAAACUGUCAUUGCUUUAUUCAAUUUUGCAAAUGGACAAUACAUGCAAGAGUUUUCCAUCAGACCACAAAUUUAUGCAUUGAAUUCAAAUCUGUUUGGAGUAAUAUUCAACCAAACAAAUAGAAUCCUUGUUAGUCACAAUCUAGGCGGUUCUGGAUGUAUCAAGGAAUUUGAUAUCGACGGUGCUGAGAAAAGAACUGUUUGUACCCUUCCUAAAGCAGUAUAUUUCUCACAAAUGUGUAAGGCCAAUCACAGCAUUGCUUGCCUGUGUCAUAAUAGCAAAACCAACGAGACAUUUAUCAAGUUGUUCAGUGAUGAAAGUUAUGAUCACCUUCAUGACAUCAAACUGGAUGUUCCUAAUGGUGGUCAUGGACAGCCUUUCUCAUUAGCUUAUGUGAACAAUAAGUACUUUGUAUCGUUUUUUAACAUGAACAAUGUUUAUGUUUUUAAUGAGAGUGGCGGUCUGUUGUACACGUUUGGAGGCAAAGGCAAAAAAGAAGGUCAAUUUGACCUCAUACAUGUACAUGGACUUGCUGUGUUUGGCAAAGACUUGCUUCUAGUCUGUGAUCGAAAUAAUCACCGUGUCCAGGUCUUUUCUCAAAGUGGACACUUUCUAACUUCCUUUGGUAGCUACGGGUCAAGUUGGGGAGAAAUGGAUGUUCCCGUAGACAUUGCUGUUACACAAGAUGGGAAAGUCUUUGUUUUGGAACUACGUGGAAAGCGAGUGCAAGAGUGGAAAUGAAAAUAUCAAGAACAUCUU